AUGUUGCACUACAAGAGCGUCUCGACGGAAUGGUGGGUGGAAGCGGUCUGCACACCGGUUUAUAUAACUGACGGCUCCAGCAAUACGGCUCAUCCAAACAUCACACCCUACGAGUUGGCUUUCAAGAUGAAGCCUCAAAUGGAUUACUUGCGCGUGUUUGGCUCGCACGGCUACGCUCACAUUGACGAUGUGAAACGGACCAAACUGGAACCCAAGAGCUUUAAGUGUAUGUUUCUCGGCUACGCAGUGAAUGUCACGGGAAAUCGCGUGUUCGACUUGGAGAAUGCCAAGAUCAAAGUGAUUUGCUCUGUAAAGUUGGAUGAGCGUGAGGUGGGCGGCAUUGACGACACGCAAGAGGUCAUGCCGGUACGAAUCACUUAA